UUGAAGAGAAGGGGAGGGGAAAAAAAAAAAAUCCCAAUCAGGAUGCUUGCACAUGCUGUUCUCUGCCUCCUCGCCUGGGUGUUCUGCUGAAGGAUUGGGACAUCUGCACAGAAGGGAGAGCGGCGGCGGCCGGAGCUUGCCCUGGCAGGGGCUGAAGUUCCUCCGGCGCUAUGGGGGUUUGAACGCGUGCAGCGCGCCGGGGGAGGCCAGCAGCAGGAACAGGAUCGCACUACCUGGAGCGUACACAGACUUGAUUAAAAUAUUUCAAGGCUAAUGGCCUCUGGCAUAAACAAGAUUCAUCAGCCUGGGACUUGCAAUGGAUCUAAAGCCGCUCGCAGCAGCUCGGCAGAGGGAUGCAAUCAGGAAAUGCACAUGAAAAUGUGCAAGAAGAUUGCCCAGCUCACUAAGGUGAUAUAUGCCCUGAACACUAAGAAUGAUGAACAUGAGGCUAGUAUACAGGCUCUGAGAGAAGCUCAUGAAGAAGAAAUUCAGCACAUUCUUGCUGAGACAAGGGAAACGAUUCUACAGUGUAACAGCAGAGUUGAAGAAGAACAAUUGCUGAGGAAACGUGUUCAGGCCCUUGAAAUUGCAGUAGAACAACACAAGAGACUAACGGAAGAAGCCUUGGCAGAGUUAACAUUGUGCAAGAAGCAGGUAGAAGAGAGGGAUCCGAGAACAGAAGCAAAACAAGCACAGACGGUCCUAUCUACAGACAGGGUAGAUACCAAUUCAGUCUUUGAAAACAAGCUUCUAAAUUUAAAUCGGGAGUCUGAUGGACUGCUAAAUGAAUGCAAAGCAUCUAGGAGAGCAAAUUUAGAUAAGAAAGUAAUUUUAGAUGAAAAAUACAGUGUGGAAGGACAAGCUCUAAUAAAUGAGAUGGAAAACCUGAAGAGUGAGAACCAGAGCGCAACUGAAGAAUAUACUCAGAAAACAAGCAAACUGCAAGCCUCUUAUAAGAGAGAAAAAGAGGAUUUGAAAAAUGCUAUGCAGCAAUCUGUGGUAGAAGCAAAGAAGAAUUGUCAGCAAAGAGAAAUGGAGCAAAGGAAGAGCUCAGAGGCUGAGGAGGGUUUUUUGCUGCAGCAGGUAAAGAAGCUGGAGGCAGACCUAGAGGAGAAAAGCCAGAAGAUAAAUGAGAGGAAGAAGUAUUCCCAGAAGCUGAAGGACAGAAUACAGGAGCUCCAGACACAGCUAGAGGAAUUUAAAAGAAAAUCUGAGUGUGAACAAAAGCAACUAGAGAAAGAGAAAGAAGUCCUAAAUGGGAAACUUCAGAACUCUUCACUUGAGGUGGCUCAGCUGAAGCAAAUAUUAGAUCAACAAGCAAAUAAUUUCAAGGAGUCACUGAAGAAACAUAAUCUGCAGUCCAACAAAGAAAAAGAGAAGCUUCUGCAAGAUCUUCAAAACACCAUUAAAGAAAACCAGAAUGUUAAACUGCAGCUGGAGGCAUCACAUCAAAAAGCCUUAAAAAUGUUGGAGAAAAGCAAAGAUCAGGAACUCAAGGAAGCAGAAGAACGUUUGAAAAAGGAAUUUAAUGAGACUUUGAAGAUCCAACAUCAGUCUCAUAGGCUGGAAAUACAAACCUUGGAAGAGAAAGCAAAGAAAGAAUUACAUGAUGAACUCGAGCAGAUACAGAAGCAGCAAACCCUGUUGCUAGGAUCUGUAAGGAUGGAACUGUCUGAGCAACAGACAUUGUGCACUAAUCUCAAGAAACAAAUAGAAGAACUCCAAAUGGAGCUGAGGAGUGUGAGGACACUGAAGAAGCAACAGGAAGGAAGUAGCCAGAGCCAGAUCAGAUCUCUUCAUGAUGAACUGGAAAAAUGUCAGAGUGAAAUUUCCGAACUCAAGAAAGAGAAUUUACUUUUGAAGGACACAAUGGAGCUACUCAGUGCCGAGCUGGAGUCGCAGAAGCAAGAAGCUGCACAGCUUCAGGAUAGGGAGAAACAGCACAGAAGGCUACUGGUAGAAGACCUCAAUAUCAAGCAUAAAAAAGAACUGGACAUACUGAAACAAGAUCACUGGAAGGAAAUCGAAAACAUACUAUCUGAUUUCAGCGGCACUCGGGUACAUCUCCAAGCAAAGAUUUUCUCCUUAGAAACCAAACUUAAAGAAUUAGAAGAACAGUCAAGAAAGUGGGAGUCCAGAUCAGAAGAUACACACCUUAUAAGCUGUCUGCAAGACAAAUUAAGUGAGAGAGAAGAAAUUAUCAACCAGCUGGCAGAAGGAAGAAAAUUUCAGCAUUCACUUAUAGCCAACACUGAAUCUUACAGGAAUCGAUCAUUUUCUUUCAACCCUAAUACGGGAUGCUUGACUCCUUCCAUGAAGCAGCAGAAGAAAACGGUUGAGGUGCCCAGUCGUGUUGUCAGCGUUCCAAAUUUAGCUUCCUACGCAAAGAGCUUUUUGAGCUGUGACUUGAAAUCAAAAAGAAGUGCUCCUCAAAUAACAAAAUCUACAAGCUUAGACCCGGGUCCCGGCUGCUUCAGGGUGGGCUCUUCAUCAGCACAGUCCUCAGACAGCAGUGCUGCCACAAGGACACAUGGCAAUGAACCACCACAAACCAAAGAUGACCUAAACCAAGACCCUCAGCAUCAAGAAUGGUUUACUAAAUAUUUUUCAUUUUAAAGCAAACUAUUUCCAUACUUCUCAGAAUUACUAGAAAAGCUGUUCCUGUCUCCUUUUAGGGAAUGAUAGUCCAAUAUAUAAUUUAGGAAGGGAAAAAAAAAAAAGGAAGAUGUAAUUUCCAAGUAAAUAAUUAGGAACAACUGCACUCUCUUACAUCUAAUUACUACAGAGUUAUAGUCAUGGAUUUCAGAAAAAUGCAUUUUUUUAACAAUCUCUGUAAAAAAUGAAGAAAAAGCAAAGUUCUGGAUACUGUUACAUGAAGAGACUUUUUAAUCAAGAGACUGUACCACUCCACAGUUACAUUACAUAUGCAAUUUGGUCUCUGAUAUGUCCUGUCAAUCUGGCUCUAGCGGAAAAAAAGAUCUUACUUCUGUAGGUGAUUUCUCUAAGUUUAUACAUUUCCUUCAUCAGCUGUUUAAAAUGAUUUCUGCAUUAUAGUAAUGUAAUUUUUAAAGUUUUUAAUAGGUUUUUGUUAAACAUUUUAAGCUGUACAACAUGCAGUAUACCUCCAAGAAUAGCAUGUUUAUAGCAGGCUGGUUUAGAAAUAGUUUCUGGUUUGCUUAAUAAACUGUUUUGUAUAGUCUGCGUUGCAAUAUAAUAUUCCUGUUGCACUUCAAUACAUGUAACAAUCACCCUGAUAAAUUAGGG